AGAAGAAGAAGAACACAAACACAUGCGUGGUGUGGGGAAGCAUGUGUCCUUAAUGUGGUAUAAACACAAAUAAAUAGAUAAAAUCUAAGCCGUUGUUGGCGAAAAUGAAGUUUAAUUACCGGUUUUCCAAUCUGCUGGGAGCCGUCUAUCGUCAAGGGAAUCUGAAUUUUUCUAAAGAUGGCAAUGCUGUGAUCAGUCCAGUUGGAAACAGAGUUUCUGUGUUUGACCUGAAAAACAACACGUCGGAGACUUUACCCGUGUCCACGACAAAGAACAUCACCUGUGUGGGUCUCUCUCCUGACGGUAACUUGGCAAUCGUGGUGGAUGAAGACGGAGCAGCUUUACUGGUCAGUCUCAUCACUCGGGCCAUCCUCCAUCAUUUCCAUUUCCACAAGCCUGUGAACAGCGUCCGCUUCUCGCCUGACGGCAGGAAGUUCGUUGCUACAAAGGAUAAUGUGGCGCUGAUGUACCAUGCUCCUGGAAAGAAGCGCGAGUUCAACGCUUUUGUAUUGGACAAGAGCUACUACGGCCCGUACGACGAAACCACCUGCAUCGACUGGACAGACGACUCGAAGUGUUUUGUGGUGGGCAGCAAAGAUAUGUCAACAUGGGUGUUUGGAGCUGAACGUUGGACCAACCUGAUCUACUACUCGCUGGGUGGACACAAAGACGUCAUCGUGGGUUGUUUCUUUGAGAAGGACAGUCUCGAUCUGUACACGGUGAGCCAGGACGGGGCGCUGUGUGUGUGGGAGAGCGACACCGAGCUGGACGGCCUUGUCCUGAAAAGUACUGAAGACAAACCCAAGGCCCAGAGAUUGGAUGAGGAGGAGGAUGAUGAAGAAGAGGAGGGGGAGGAAAGAGUGGAGGGGGAAGAGGGGGAGGUCGUCAGAGGGAAAGCAGGAGAUCCUAAAGAGAAGACUAAGAACGUUCGAUACAAACACAAGGGCAAAUACUUUUUCAAUAAGGAGGGCGAUUUUAACAAGUUGACAGCUGCCGCCUUCCACAAGGACACUCAUGUGCUGGUUACAGGCUUUGCUUCUGGAAUCUUCCACCUGCACGAACUUCCAGAGUUUAACCUCAUUCAUUCCCUGAGUAUUUCAGACCAAAGAAUAGCUUCAGUGGUGAUAAACAGUUCUGGAGACUGGAUCGGUUUUGGGUGUUCAGGGUUGGGUCAGCUGCUGGUGUGGGAGUGGCAGAGUGAGUCCUACGUCUUCAAGCAGCAGGGACACUUUAACAACAUGGCGUCUUUAGCCUACUCACCAGACGGACAGUACAUUGUAACUGGAGGGGAUGAUGGAAAAGUUAAGGUGUGGAACACGAACAGCGGCCUUUGCUUUGUCACCUUUACGGAGCAUUCGAGUAGCGUCACCAACGUCACCUUCACCUCCAGUGGCUUCGUUAUUGUCAGCACCUCCCUAGACGGGACCGUCAGGGCGUUUGACCUGCACAGGUACCGAAAUUUCCGGACAUUUACGUCACCUCGGCCGGCACAGUUCUCCUCCCUUGCAGUAGAUGUCAGUGGAGAGCUGGUGAGCGCUGGAGCCCAAGAUUCCUUUGAGAUUUUCUUGUGGUCCAUGCAGACCGGCCGACUGCUGGAGGUCCUCGGGGGUCACGAGGGUCCGGUCAGCUGCCUGUGUUUCAGCCCGGUCCAGUCCAUCCUGGCCAGCGCCUCCUGGGAUCGCACCGUGCGGCUGUGGGACAUGAUGGACAGCUGGCAGGCCAAAGAGACACUCCCCAUCACUUCUGAUGGCUUGUCAGUGGCUUACCGCCCUGAUGGGCAGGAGUUAGCCGUAGCCACUCUGAACGGUGAGAUUUCUUUCUGGAACCCCCACACUGCCACACAAACCGGCUCUGUGGCCGGACGUCACGAUCUGCAGAUGGGCCGCAAAGACACAGACAAAAUCACAGCCAAGCAUUCCGCCAAGAGCAAAUCCUUCACGUCGCUGUGCUACUCUGCCGAUGGAGAGUCAGUUCUGGCAGGAGGCCAGUCCAAAUUUGUUUGUAUCUACAAUGUCAAGGAGCAAAUGCUCAUGAAGAAGUUUGAGAUCUCGUGCAACCUGUCGUUUGACGCAAUGGAGGAGUUCCUGGACCGAAGGAAAAUGACCGAAUUUGGCAGCUUGGCUCUGGUAGAUGAAGGAGCUGGGGACGGAGAUGGUGUAAACAUCAGUCUUCCAGGAACCAGGAGAGGUGACAUGAGUUCGAGACAUUUCAAACCUGAGAUCAGAGUCAGCUCACUGCGCUUCUCCCCUACUGGUCGUAGCUGGGCUGCCACCACCACCGAGGGGCUGCUGGUCUACUCCCUGGAUGGAUCUUUAAUCUUCGAUCCCUACGACCUCGACCUGGACGUCACACCGGCCAGCAUACGCAAACAGCUGCAGCACCAACAGUGGGUGGCGGCUAUUGUCCUGGCAUUCCGCCUUAACGAAGGACCCCUCAAACAGGAAGUGCUGGAAUCUGUACCACAUGAGCAGAUCCCGGUGGUUUGUGGCUCGCUCCCUGAGGUCUACGUGGAAAAGCUGCUGGGCUUCGUGGCCGUGUGUUUGGAGAAGUCUGGUCACCUGCAGUUCUACCUGGCUUGGGCCCAGAGCCUGCUCAUGCUGCACGGACAGAAACUCAAGAACAGGUCAGGAGCGAUCCUGCCCACUCUCCAAGCGCUGCAGAAGAGCAUCCAGAGACACUACGACAGUCUGUCCAGACUGUGUGACUUUAACAUGUAUAACAUUCGCUAUGCCGCGGCUCUGUCCAAGCAGAGGGGCGUGAAGAGGGAAGCUGAUCCUCAAGAGGAGGAGGAGGAGGAGGAGAUGAAGUCUGACGCCUCUGAACCCAGCUCACUUUGUUCCAUCAACUCAGCAGACUAAAUAAAACUUUUGGAAAUGAGAGUUCUUGUCAGAAUUUACAAUAAAUUGUUUAUGUUGAAAGAUGGCUUU